AAUACAUAUAUAUAGAGUGUCAUGUGAAACGACAUGCACACACACAAUGAACGUGUAAACUAACUAUUCAUCAUCUACUUAAUUUCUCUUGUUGCUAAAUUUCCUUCGUUUGAAAUUGGCUAACCGAAAAAAAAAAGAAAAAAAAAAACAAUGGCAGAAGAAGGAAAAAGAAGCAGAGUGAAAGUAGAGUCGAUACUGAGUGUGGUAUCCAGCAACCCGACCCGACCCGGAAAAGUCCACAAGCUGUCCUUGCUGGACCAAUCAAUGGGGCCCCACACGAUCCAUAUCGUGUUCUACUACGGGUCGAACCCGUUUAGCGACGGGCCGAUGUCGUCGGAUCUCGAGAAUUUCCGGGUUUCGUUGUCCGACGUGCUGGACGAGUACCCGGUCGUGACGGGUCGGUUGACCCGGGGACCCGAUGGAGGUGGUUGGCAAGUGAAGUGCAAUGAUGCUGGUGUUAGGGUACUCCAGGCGCGCGUGGAUGCCACGGUGGAUGAAUGGCUGAGAUCUGCUGACGUGGAUGAGGAACGGGAUCUGACGGUGUGGGAGGAUAUGCCCCUUGACCCUAGCUUUUGGUCUCCGUUUCGGAUCCAGGUGAACAAUUUCAAAUGUGGAGGGUUAGCCAUAGGAUUGAGCUGCACUCACAUGCAUGCAGAUAUAACAAGCGCCACUCUCCUUAUCAAGUCAUGGGCAGAUUACCAUUCUACCCAAACCCUAACCUACCCUCCUAUUUUCACUCUCCCCACACACACACACCCACAAAACACCACCACCCCACCACCACACUCUCCUACUACUAAUACUACUCCUCCACCAACAAAAAUGGCCACCGUUACGAUGAAAUUCUCCGGGCCCGCGGUCGAGAAAUGCCUGUCGGGAGCCCGGAGCCAGUGCCCCGACGCGACGCCCUUCGACGUCUUAGUCGCGCUCCUCUGGUCGAAAAUCGCGCAUUGGCAGGAACCGCAUACUGCUGACGACAACAAACGCUCGAUCUCGAUAUGCACCGACUCGAGGGGAAAUCGAGGGCAAAAGACGAAAAUACCCCUCGGCUAUUUCGGCAACGCGCUGAGCUUCUCUGUGCUCACCGUGGAAGCUGACGAGUUGUCGAGCGGCAAAUUAGGGCAAGUGUGCGAGUAUGUCCACCGCCAUGUGGUCGACCGGGCCGGGCCGGGUUUGGUCGAUGGUGAUGGUGAGGACCCGGUUAGGGUUUACGGGCCCCAAAUCACGUGCGUCAGCACCGAGCACUUGGUCGAUGCGGAGAAGAAUGGGGAAGCGAUCAUGUAUUCUGCGGUGUUCGAUAAUAAUAAUAAUAACAAUAAAAAUAAUAUUAAGGGGGAAAAGCCGCUCCACGUGAGCUAUAGUUACGGGAAUGUGGUGGGGGAAGGGCUGAUUGUGGUGGUGCCGACGGCUGAGGUCGGGCCGGGCCGGGCUGUUACGGUAACUUUGCCGGAGGAGCAGAUUGAUAUGUUGUGCAAGGAUCAAGAGAUUUUGGAUUUGGAGGGUGUUAUGGUCAUUAGUGGGGGAAGAUGAGGAUUAAUUUUUAAUUUCUUGAUCAUUUAAUUUGCUUCGAAUUCUUUACUAAUUUUAUUGAUUUGUGUACCUACAAUUAAAAUGUGUGCCUUCUUUGGUGGAAAUUAAGGAUAUUGGGUUUUUAAUGAAUAUGUUUGUUGUCACAUUUUAUAUUCAAUAAUACAUAAUUUAAGUGAGGAACUUUUUCGAUGUA